CUGAGAGUCCGCUUGUAACGGCCGUGGCCGGAGACCGCAGCGUCUUACCCGAGAGCGGGAACGGCUGCAUCCUUUUAAAUGACCAGGCUCCAGUGGAGAUUGAGACGUUGUUCUCCAGUCAGCUGAACCUGCAACUCCAAAAUAAUUUACUAUGACAGAGAGCUCCCAGAGUUGUGUCUUGCCAGGAGACACCUUGUCAAGUUCUGUGGUGGUGAAUUCUCAUCCAGAAAGGCUGCCCAUUGAGCCAUGGAGUAAGGAUCAUGUAGGAUAUCAGGAAGAGGAAGAAGAAUGGGCAAAUUUAAACAAGGUAUUACGGCAACACGGUUUAAGACCUGUCUUCCUUGCUAAACCUGGAGGUAACAGAAAUGUGUCAGAUAUUAUUGUUAUGGACAGACAUUCUUCACAAGCCAUACGGCAUGCAUUGAGAACACUGGUGGAAGAGACAGAGCGUCAACGGAAAAUUGUCCGUGGCCUCAUAGAAGAUAAUCGUCAGCUUAGAGAUGAAAUACGCUUGGAGCGAAGUCGAGCUUCUCGCCAGGAACAACGAGCCAACGAUCUAGACAUCAUUGUGGAGAAUAUCAAAUCCAAAAUACGGCAGUUGGAAGAUGAGUCCAUCGCUAAAGUGUGCCAGCAGCAGAACCAAGCCAAAGAGCUUCAGAAAGAUCAGCAAUCUUCACAGGCAAAAUAUCGUCGACAGGCGGAGAAGUUGCAAGAACAAGAAGAGACUAUUGCCCGUUUGCAGAAGGAACUUUGUAAGAUGGGCAUAGAAGAGCAGCACCGUAUUGCUACACAGAAAAAAAUGUUCCGUCAGUUUUGCAAACAGGCUCCAAGAACUCAUUUGGAUCAGCAGAUUUUUAGUCUAAUUGACUACUAUGAAUCUCAGAUCAACCAAAUGAAGAAAGAACUAAGGAAAUAUAAGAAGGAGACGGAUCAUACACAAGGAGGAGGAAAAGACAAGGAUGAAUUCUUGAAAACAGAUGCUACUGCUAAUUACAGAGCUUUGCUCAUGUCUUUCCAGAAUCAGAUAAUUGAGACACGGGCCCGAAAUGAACAGUUGUUACAUGAAAAUACAAAUCUCAAGAAAGAGGUGGAAAUCAAACCAACCGAGCAAGAAUUAAAAUUUUACAAACAUCAAGUGAAGAAGCUGGAAAAAACACUGAAGAACCUCAAGUCACGUGACAGUGAUGAAGAAAAUCUGAUAGAAAAUAAAGACUUUAAAAGUACUACAGGAGGAGAACAGCUGCAGGAAACCUGUAGAAGAUACUUCCAGCAUGCAGUAAGAAAUUUAUGGCAUUCAUUCAUUGACUCUGUUAUAAGAAGCCCAAGAAGAGCUCCUCUGGUGAUAUAUAAACAGAGUAAAGGGUUGCCCCGAAGUGGCCUCAAAGAGGACGAUCGGGAUUGUGGAUUUGAGCACCUCCUUCCUACUGUUGAAAUGUGGGCUGACCAGUUAAUGGCGCUAAAGAACGUACACAAGUCCUUGAAAAAGUUACUGCUGCAACUAGUGCCUUGGCAUACAGUCACGGUGCAGGAUGACAAUGAACAUAUUAGAGUCGAAAGCCUUCAAUUCCUAGUGGAUGCAGUGUCUGAAGAAGUAGAAAAUAAAGAAAAGAACUCUCAAGUGCCUUCUCUUCAGACCUUGUAUGCGAUUGUCUCUCACUUUCAAAAACUGUUUGAUGUGAAUUCGUUGAAAGGAGUUUAUCCUCGAAUGAAUGAAGUUUACACAAAGCUUGGAGAAAUGACCAAUGCAAUGAGAAACCUUCAUGACCUUUUAGAACUAGAUGGCUCAACCUCACCCAGUGUCCUGGUGAAUACGGUUGGAAAACUAUGCAGUAUACUUAAUAAGAAUGUGACCUGGCAGGUGGAGCAGCUCCUGGGAACACAAGAUAUCCAAAGCAUUAUCAACAGAUUAGAAGAACAUGAUGACUUUUUCCCAGCAUUUCAAACUCUUAUUGAAGACUUGCUGUGUGUUCUAGAGGUCAGAAAUCUAACUGAUAUAUUACCCGCUGUGCAGAAGCUAAAAUUGAAAACCCAAUAAAACUGUAUAAAACUGUGUAUAGAAUGAAUGCAUUAAAUGUUUAUUUUCUUGUGUAUAGUUCUGGAAUAUCUUAAUGUAGUCUUGUUUUAUUUGAAAU